GUGGGAAUUACAAUCACAAUUUCAGACUUCCUGCUGUCAUCAGUAUUAAUUUGGAGCAUGUAUGCAUGAAAAGCAAAACAGUAUGAAGAAGUUACAAGGUGACUGUGUCUCUUGGUUGGUCCUUUUAACUGGAGCUGCUCAGCUCCUACUAGUGUGUGGAGAUGGUUCUUCUGGUAUGUUAUGUUUAACUUUCAUGACCUCUGCUAACCAGCAGAAUCUAUGCAGUAUACAUGUACUUGUCUCAGGGGUAACUUUCAUCAACAUUAUAAUUAGACUGCCCACAUUGAUAACUGUAUGGUAAGAGUUUUAUCUUAUUGCUACUCAGGCAUCUGUAGAUGAAGCCUCAGGUGUGCGUAAUUAUUGUAUGAUUCAUUUCUUAGACGUACAGUGUCUAGAGUUGCCACCCAUCCCAAAUGGAUCAAUAGAAUAUGUUGCACUACCAGCCAUUACUAAUGGAUCCAUCACCUAUGCUCCUGACAACCAGUAUAAUUUGGGCACUGUAGCCACUUAUGACUGUGACACUGGGUUUGUUCUGGACCUCUCCCUAGGGGGAUCUGAGAUGAGAACUUGUGUGGGUGAUAUUGGACCGGAUGCAGAGGGACUGUUCGAUAACCAGGCACCAAUAUGUGUCCGUAUCGUUUGCCAACCUCUUUUCCCUUACCCCUAUGGUGUGAUUACCUAUCAUCACGAAAAUCCACCCUAUUCAUACGGAACACGAGCAACGUACUCUGUCUCAUGCCCUCCCGAACUGGAGAGAAUGGGAGGAUAUGAUGAGAGGACUUGUAUCGCUAAUGGAAAUAGUGCUGUGGGAGUGUGGUCUGGAGCUGCUCCCACCUGUGCAGCUCGAGGGAUUUUCCUGUCCUUUCAAGGAACAACCUACACUACGAACAACAGUAAUAUUGUACUCACAAGGAUUGAGACUACAAAUGAUACAUCAUUGACUUGUCACACUGACUCAACCACCUGCUGUAGAGGUAUAGACAAGGAGCCAUCUUCAACUAUGGGUACAGGAGAGUGGAAUGGAACAAGUAAUUUCCGGAGGAAGAGAGUAUCUGAUGAUGGGUUCUAUUAUAUAAGGUUUCAUCAAGCUAUCAGACUGUAUCGUAAUAAUAAUACCCGGACUCCACUGGGAACCUGCUGUAGAAUACCUGACAAUAGUGGAGUGUUGAGGACAUUCUGUGCUAACCUCAUUGAUAUCACCAUUCGAUGCCCCUCUGACUCAGUGAUGGCUCCCACUAAUGGGAUGGUCUCAUACUCUAGUCCAGUGGAGGGUGGCAGUUAUGUGUACGGAACGGUGGCCACCUUUUCCUGCUCCCCUGGUUUUGGCCUGAAUACUCUUGAGACUAGAACAUGUACAGGAACAAAGAAUGCUGAAAUAGGAACCUUCAGUGGCUUAAGUCCAACAUGUGAUGGGAUCACUUGCCCUGCUCCUCCUAAUGUUGUCAAUGGAACGAUUGUCUACUCAUCCCUUGGUACCACUGAGGUGUUCAAUUAUGGAACAACAGCUACUUAUCAGUGUAACCCCGGGUAUAAUAUAACAAGUGUAGACAGAGUGAGCACUUGUACUGGUAAUGACAGCACUCCCAGUGGUCAGUGGAAUAGUACUGCUCCUCAAUGUCCACCUGUGGACUGUAACACUCCUCCGCCUAUUACCAAUGGAUCUCCUGGGAUACCAACAACCACAACAUUCACAGGGACAGUGACCUACAGCUGUAAUGAUGGCUAUGCACUGUUUGGGAUUGCUACAAGUACUUGUCAGGCAAAUGGAACUUGGAGCAAACCACCAGAAUGCAGAGGUGUAAAUAUUGGUGCUGAUAUGCCCAUUUUAAUUGGAGGUUCUGUUACCAUCACCUGCACGACUGACUCUCCUGCUGACUCAAUAAUGUUGUUCCAAGAUGACCAACCUCUUCAUGGAACAGUGAUGCAGUCAACCACCAUCUUAACGUAUACUAUCUCUCUUGUGUCUGACAGCAUCCAUGGAAACACUUUCAAAUGUGAAGCCCUGCUAGCAAACAUUUCAGAUACUGCCUUUGAUAUAGUUAUCAUUUCCCUUGACGUUCCCCAACAACCAAUUACCGCUAGUAUCAGAACAUCUAGCCCUUCACUUCCUCUAAUUGGACAGUCACACAUUGUGACUUGCUCGGUGUCUAAAUUGCCUGGACUAACUCGCACACCAACUGCCCAAUGGGUGAAAGUUACCAUGGAGACUGAAAGAAUAAGCAUAUCCACUCCUAAUGAAGCUGCUCUAACUCUCUCUCCACUGAGAACCUCAAGUGCUGGUAGAUACCGUUGUCAGGGCAACCUGAAUACUACCAUUCGCUCUCUACCACUUUCGAGCAGCAGUAAUUUCACUUUAAUUGCACAAAUACCAACACCAUCAGUGACAAUCUCAAGGUCUCCCUCUAGUUCAGCUCUGUUUGCUAAUCACAGUGUGGUAACAUUCACAUGUCAAGUGUCCAUACAUACAAACAUUGAUACUCCUGUCACUUUGAGCUUGACUUGGACUCGUGAGGUGUAUAGCAAUGAAGAUGAUACAACCACUGAAGUGAUCGUGGUGAAUAGUACGACCAAAACAAUUGAGAGAAGUUGGACCUUUAAUGAUUUUAGUUCAAUAGACCGGAGAGUGACUUGCAAUGGAACAAUAAGCUCAGCUAGCAGUUUUAUUCAAGGCAAUACCAGUACGGCUGAAGACACGUUAUCUGUUGCUGGUGUGUUUCUGAUGUUCAAUGGCAGUGCACUUGAUGACAACACGACCUCUGUACCAGCGAGGGAUGUACGUGUCAUACAGUGUCACUCUGACAAGACAGAUACAUUCAAUGAAGACCAACACGGAUGGACUUUCCCUAAUGGUAGUAAGGUUACUAACAUUAGCACACUGGCUGUUGCAACACGGGAGGGAGGACACCUGGCACUCACUCGAGUGGGGAACAGUUCCCUGCCAGCUGGAGAGUAUUGUUGCAAGGCUCAGGACACCAGGGGAACCAAUCACACCCUCUGUGUGCAUGUGGAGCCAGAACCAAGUUCCAGUGGCAGUGUUGGAGGGAUAGCUGCUGCGAUUGUAAUUUUGGUGGUUGCUCUACUGAUCAUCAUUGGAGCAGUUAUUCUCAUUGUUGCCAGAUGUAACGUACCACCAGUGUCGCUAAAGGGUGUGGUCAGUACUGGUGAGAUACAACCAUACGAGAUGGUUGAAAUGGGUCAUGAAUACGAGGAAGUGUUGAAGUUCCAACAAGCCGUCUGUGGAGAGUACGAGAUCAUUGGAGCACCCUCACAGACAACUGGCUCCGAGAGUAAGGGUGUUAUAAAGACUGAGCCAUCACCACCCACUCCACCACAACCCUCACAAGCAACUGGAAAUGAUAUUGAGUUUACAGAGUGCGUUGCUUACAUCAUGACCACCCACGGUCGCCCCCCACAGCCCACAGGCUUAUGAACAAAUACAGCCGUUGAUGUUGACUGCUUACAUAUUAUAUGUGUACCUGUACAUAAUUUGCAUAUAUUCGUGAAAACUCUGAUAACGAGUGCAAGCGUUUUGCUUUGCUCAUGUGUUAGCUAUAACUAUUAUUACU